GUGAGUCUUCCGGACGGAGGACGAAGAAGAACGGAGGCUCCCAAACACAUUCCCGUUAGAAGAUUAAAACCCUGCAUCCGCGCUUCUCCCCCGGAAACCCUCUCGGUCUGGGAUUACUCCGCUCCCGGUAGGACGAUGGGCACCAGAGACGACGAGUACGACUAUCUGUUCAAAGUGGUUCUCAUCGGGGACUCGGGCGUGGGGAAGAGCAACCUGCUGUCCCGCUUCACCCGGAACGAGUUCAACCUGGAGAGCAAGAGCACCAUCGGGGUGGAGUUCGCCACGCGCAGCAUCCAGGUGGACGGCAAGACGGUCAAGGCCCAGAUCUGGGACACGGCGGGGCAGGAGCGCUACCGGGCCAUCACGUCGGCGUACUACCGCGGCGCCGUGGGCGCCCUGCUGGUCUACGACAUCGCCAAGCACCUGACGUACGAGAACGUGGAGCGCUGGCUGAAGGAGCUGCGGGACCACGCCGACAGCAACAUCGUCAUCAUGCUGGUGGGCAACAAGAGCGACCUGCGCCACCUGAGGGCCGUGCCCACCGACGAGGCCCGCGCCUUCGCUGAGAAGAACGGCCUGUCCUUCCUGGAGACGUCGGCUCUGGACUCCACCAACGUGGAGAUGGCCUUCCAGACCAUCCUGACAGAGAUCUACCGCAUCGUGUCCCAGAAGCAGAUGUCGGAGCGCCAGGAGAGCGACAUGUCGCCCAGCAACAACGUGGUCAACAUCCAGGUCCAGCCCACCGAGAACACAAAGAUGCAGUGCUGUCAGAACAUCUAGCCCCGCCCCCCCAGUCCCCCCCCCACCCUGUCCCUGCCGCCCCACCCCCGCUCUGAGAAUAGACUGCCUCGCGUGCUGUCGGGUGCAGGAGGGACGAGGCCGCCGCCACCUGAACUCUGCACCCCCCCCCCCACCCCAAUCCCAC